GGUCAGGUUAUCCCCAGGGGUGGAGAAGAGGAGGCCCAGGAGGAGGGGGUGAAAAGGUGGAGGAUCCUGGCUACCACUGAAUCCAAUACUGCUUCUCCUAGACCUGAGGCAUAAAAAGAGAAGGGUGUCUCAUCCCCCUUCCUCCUCUCCUCCCUCUCCUGAGCCUUAGCCAUGGCCGAGGCAGGGGCUGGGCUGAGCGAGACCGUCACUGAGACAACGGUUACCGUGACAACCGAGCCCGAGAACCGCAGCUUUACCAUCAAACUUCGGAAACGGAAACCAGAGAAAAAGGUCGAACGGACAAGUGACACUGUGGACAAUGAGCGCAUGCGCUGCCGCUCAUCAAAAUGCUGCUGUAUUUAUGAAAAAUCCCGGGCUUUUGGCGACAGCUCCACGGAAAGUGAUGAGGAAGAAGAAGAGGGCUGUGGUCAUACACACUGUGUACGUGGCCACCGCAAAGGAUGGCGUCGUGCAACCCUGGGACCGACCCCCACCACGCCUUCCCGGCCUCCUGACCCUUCCCAGCCCCCAGCAGGGCCAAUGCAGCGCUAAAUUCCUCUUUCCCCCACCCUUCCUGAAUGUAUCCAUGUGGCUUCUUCUCCAGUACCCUCCUUCUCUCUCUUCUGCCUGAUAGAGGGAAGAGGAAGAGGAGGGUAGACAGAGAUCCUGGAAUUCUGACUUGCUGCUAUUUCAGAACCCAGACUCCUGAGUUCCCCCAGUUCUCAUUUUUCCUCCCAAUACCCACCCUUCUCUCUCCAGGGAUCUAGGCACCUUGGUCCCAGCCUCUUCCUUUUGUUCUCGCUGUCAAACUGCCUGUCCUGGGAUCUGGUUAUCUUGGCCGUGCACUCUCAACUUGAGUAGCAAACACCGAAAUUGGGUUUUCAACAGUCCCAGCUUUCACUGCCAGGGUCCCAGUCAG